CUCCCCGCUCCGCAGUGGGGUGAACGUUCAUCUGAUCUGAGAGCUGUGAGCACCAGAACCCUGAUUACUCCUUGCCGAGAGGGUUACGGUCCAGGGAUGGGCAGAGAGCGCUGAGGGGUCACCCAGAGAAAGAGGGCAAGCGUGAGAGCUGAGCGCAGCACUGAGACAGUGAGCACGGAGAGAGAGAGAGAAUGGUGGCCGAGGAGGUGGUCGUCGCCUUGUCAGGUGGAGCACCGUGGGGCUUUAGGCUCCAGGGGGGAGCGGAGCAGAGAAAACCACUCCAAGUGGCCAAGGUGAGAAGGCGCAGCAAAGCCUGCCGUGCCGGUCUGCGGGAGGCCGACGAGCUGCUGGCCAUCAAUGAGCUGUCAUGUGGAGAGCUCUCCCAUGCCCAGGCCAUGAACCUGAUCGACAGCGGCAGAGGAACCCUUCACCUGCGUGUCAGAAGGUCCCCUUGCCUUCAGUCCCUGAUGCUUCUGGAUCCCUCCUCGCCUCCCCACAUGGAUGAAGCCUACCGUGCUGCACUGCAAGCUCUGUCCCCUCCCCUGCCCUCCAUGCCUCUCCGUGGGGGUCUGGGAUGCAUCGCGUCGCCGCCGGACAGCGAGGCGUACUACGGCGAGACCGACAGCGACGCCGACGUGGCGGCCCAGGAGCGCCAGCGCCGGCAGAAGAGGAGGAGCCCCAGCAGCUCCCCGGCCAAGCCCCCGCACCAGGAGGAGGAGGAGGAGGAGACCUCGGAGAUGAGCGGCUACGAGAGCGCUCCCGAUGCCAACGGGUACCCAGGCCAGCAGCAGUACCACUGGGCCGACCCCCAGGGGGCGCCGCAGCAGCAGCAGCAGCAGCAGCAGCAGGUGCUACCAGGUGUGGCGCGCAGGGAGGUGGUCUACCAGCCGCCUCCGAGCGAGUGGGGGCUUCAGGCGGGGAACUCCUCAGGCCAGAGCAGCCCCCAGGACGGCCAGGGGGCAGGGGAGGGGGACAGCGGCUUCCAGGAGCUUCCGGCCAUGAUGCCCCCGCCGCUGGUGUCUGCUGAGCGAGCCAGAGGGGCCCAGUUUCUGGUCUCCCGUAGGCAGCUGGUGCCCAUGGUGGGGCCCCUGGAGACCCCUAUGGAUGAGGAGCUCACGGCCACCUACAAGGACAAAGCCCGACAGGCCAAACUCCACAGAGGUGAGAGCGUGCAGGACAAGCAGGUGAAGGAGGCACGCAACCAGUGCCGCAGCAUCGCCUCUCUGCUGACUGAUGCCCCAAACCCCCAUGCCAAGGGGGUGCUGAUGUUCAAGAAGCGCCGGCAACGUGCCAAGAGGUAUACGCUCACCUGCUUUGGCAGCGCAGACGACGCCAGCUUCUCCCGCAGCGAGACAGAAGACGAGGAGGAAGAAGGAAGCAGCUUCCCAGGCAGUGAGUCAGAGAUGGAUGAGGAUGGGUUUGCCGCCUCAACCGAGCCGGACCCGAUCUGGGACAGUGGCUACCUUGCCAUGCUGGACAAGAGGUCCUCAGCCUGCAUAGGAGGGGUUGAUAGCAUAUCAGAGAACGGCCUCGGGCUCAACAUGUCGGGGAAGGGAGCUCAGCUGUUUGAACAGCAGAGGCAGCGAUCAGGGAAGCCGGUCUCAGCACCACUGUCGCACAUGUCUGAUGAGCAGCUGGCCGCCAUGGCAACAGAGGAGGCCCCAGCUCCUCCCGCGUACACAGCCCCAUCAGGACCGGUGAGUUCAGGCUUGGUGAACGGAGACUCAGCGGUGGUGAGCCGCACCAGUGUGGUGCUAACCCCUCCAGGCCACACAAUCCUGCCCACAACGGCAGGUGGCGGAUCUGAUACAAUGGACUCGCAAACUGGCGCUAAUGUCCAUAACCGGACCGCCAAGCCAUUCGCCCCUGGCUGUGUGACCCACCGGGCCUCUACUGCCCCUGUGGUAUUCCGGCCCAGUCCUGCCCGGAAGGCGGUGUCAGUGGCCAACAUGCCAGCAGCCUUCUCUUCUUCCAGUGGUCCAGAGGUGAAACGAGCGAUCUCCUCUACUUCCCUCUACAUCCCCGCCCGGCCUGCCACCGUGAACGGCCCUCCGUCAGUGGGAUCUCCCUUCUCUCCACGCACCUCUGUGUCUGUGGCCUCCUUCCCCCCUCCGACCCCUCAUUCUGCUCCCCUGUCUCCCCCUGUUCCUCCAGCCUUUUCUCAGCCCCCUAUGCAACGCCCAACCUUUCACUCGCCUCACACUAACAUGAGCCAGCCAUUCUCUCCACCCCUAGCCAUGGCUGCUGCACCAUUCUCCCAACCAGCUGCUCAUGCCACACCCUACCCUCCUCAAGAAGCUCCAGCAUACUACCCUCCUCAAGGAGCUCCAGCAUACUACCCUCCUCAAGAAGCUCCAGCAUACUACUCUCCUCAGUCCAUGCCCUUCUCUCCCCCUCCUGUAGCACCCAAACCAUACUCUUCACCUCAUGCCCAAGCUACACCUUUCUCCCCUCCCCCUCAGCAAAACACGCCCCUUUCAUCUCACCAGCCAACCACACCCUUCCCUGCUCCCUCUGUUAUGACCAUGCCCUACUCCCAGCCCCCUGGAAAUGCUGCCAUGUCUUUCCCUCCAGCUCCUGUCUCUGCUCCUCACGUACCAUCCCAGCCAAUUCCUACCUUCACUUCAAACCAACAGCCACCCGCAGCUCCCAAAGUCUCCUUCAACCCCUAUGUUUCUGUGGCAGCAUCGCCUCAACCUCCUGCCGUCCCGUCUCCUCAGCCCUACCAGCCAGUGAGUGCAGGCCAGGAGGCGCUGGAGUCUCGAGAGCAGAGGAUCGCAGUGCCAGCGGGACGCACUGGCAUCUUGCACGAUGCCCGCAGGCAAAGGAGCCGCAAGCCCAUGUUUAGUGCGCCAGAGGAAAAGAAAGACAUUUCUCCAAACCCGGCGCUGCUGUCGAUGGUGCAGAACCUGGAUGAUAGACCCCGGGCCGGCCAUGAUCUUGGCUUUGAGUCAGGGCCUGAGGAGGACUCCCUCAAUCUAGGUGCAGAAGCCUGCAACUUCAUGCAGGCCCAGAGAGGCCUCAGGGUCCCUCCGCCACCUGUGGCUCCCAAGCCAGCACGUGCUGCCGUCCCGCCACAACCCCAGGUCACCCUGCAGACAGGAGGCAAGGGGGCUGAGCUGUUCGCACGCCGGCAGAGCCGCAUGGAUCGCUAUGUGGUGGACAAGCAACAACAGCAUCCAAUGUCCCCUGCACAACCCCGUGAUCCCUCUCCCACCCCGUCUCUCCCUUCUCAAUGGAAGUAUUCCUCCAGCAUCAGGGCGCCCCCUCCAAUCAACUACAACCCCCUGCUGUCCCCCUCCUGUCCCACCGUCGCCCAGCGCACCCCUAGGGCCUCACAGGCACCUCAGGUGGCACACAAACCGGGCCUGAAAGCCCUGGACUUCAUGAGCCACCAGCCCUACCAGCUCAACUCUUCCCUCUUCAGCUAUGGGGGUGGGGUCCCUCAGACACAGCAACAGCAGGGUGGCUCCCUCACCGCACCCCGACAGGUGCCAGUCAAGGCGGCACGCGUCUACGAGAUCAAGCGCUUCUCCACACCCACCCCCAUGUCGGCCCCCACCUCGCUGACACCAACAGUCAUAGUGCCACGCUCCGCCACCACGCUGGCCGAGCCCAUCUGGAGGUCCGAAGUGGCUUCUCCCCCGCCUCGCACCCCAGCGGUCGCCCCUUACACCCCCGCUCCUCAAUUCUGGGCACCAGCAGUUUCCACAGUAACCUUACCUGCCCUGCCCCACCUCAGCGCAGCACCCAUCCAGAGCUGGGCGCCCACCCCGGCUCCUGCUCCUGCUCAGGCGUAUGGCUCCCAGUUCCAGGUCGCGAAGCAGUUUAAGAGCGCCCCUGACCUGAGUCCCCUGUCGGUCAACCCAGCCCUGCGCUCCAGCAGCAUCCAGCAGCUCAGGGUGCCCCGCCCGCGGUUCAGCACCUCCAACGUGGGUCUGCAGGCCAAUGUGUGGAGACCCGGCUCCAUGAUCCACUGAGAGAUUGAGUGAAAAAGCGAUGACGCAGGAGAGAAGAAUAAUGACAGAAUGAUGAAGAAUCUGACAUGUGAUCCAUAACAGCACACAGCAUAAUCCACACAGUACAAUGUGCUACUAUAAUUCAGUAAUUAAACAGUAUAAAACAGUAAUUAAUAUAUUAUAUUUUGAAUCACUUAUUUUAACUCUGAGUGGCCAGUCACUUGUUGCAGUCUGUAUGAACAGUGCGUUAAUUAUCAGUGAAUAACAAUUACAGUGUGUGCACUGACCAGAUUCUCUCUUAGACUUACCAAAUGAGAAUGUAAGUAACCUUCCUAACAGUAUACUUAUAUCACUAAAUUUAAACUGUUUUGUGUACUUACCUUCACUUGCACACAAUUGGCUCAAAGAAUUAUUUUGCUGUUUUUUUAAGUGCUCAUUAAGACAUUUGAACACAUCAACUCCCGGCAGUAUUUAUGGGACAGCAUUGUGUAAUGUUUUAGCAUUCUACCAGUACUACAUCCUACAAGGAAUGGCUGCAGUCAAAUGUAUUGAUUACAUGCCUAUGUGUGCACUCCUUUCUACAAUGAAUGUAGUUUUAACACACAAACCCUUUAAAACAUUUACAUUUUUUUUUUUUUUUUGUUCUAACAUUAUUGUAGUUUGUCCUUUGCUACAUAUAUAUUCUACUGCGUAUAAUUGUACAGCUUGCAUAUUGUAUUAUUGUCCCUAGCCUUGGCUAACAUGAUGGAUUCACUGGUUUUCUUUAUUUCACGGCUCCUUGAUUUUGCUCUGGAUUGUUUACGGUUCUUUAAAGCUUCGAUUUGUCACUGCCAGAGAUGCAGCGCAGCUUCAGUUUGCAUUGUUGCUAUUCAGUCUCAGAGAUACAGUGCAAGUCUAUGCUGUUAUUAUAGGAAUGCCAGAGAAUUACAUCAAUUGUAUGUUCUAUUUCUGAAGUUCUGUGAAAUGUGUAACCUUUGUGUUGGGUAAUGUUUAUGUCUUGGUAAUAACGGGGGGCCAAAGAGAGGGAAAAACAAUGAAGGCUAAACAGCCUCAUCAAAAGAUCAUGAUGGUGAUGACAAGGUAGUUCUUAAAAAGAAGAAGAGGAUCAGAUGAAAUGAGGAAGAGGGAAAAAACAAGUGAGAAAGAGUAAAAAUAGACUGCAGUGUCUCCCAGAGAAGGAGGUCGAGAGGAAAUGUGCGUGACUGUGUGUCAUGUUUUUCUGUUGUUUAGCCUUCUGUGUCUGCCAGUUCACCUGCGCUCACCUCAUCCGCCACUUUAAUGAAACCAGUGACAGAUGAACAGACGCGUAGAUCAAUGAAAUAAUGAAUCUGUCCCUGGCAGUGACAGCGAGCCACUGACUCUGACAAUCCCCCCCCCCCCCCCUCCCCUGGUGUCUAGCUGCAGACUGCACAGAAAGCUCAGCGUGGUGUUAGAAAGGAUUGCAUUUUUUCAAUCAGGUAAGAUGGGAACUACUGUACAUAAAAGGAACAUAAAAAUGUAUGUGUCUCGGAGCGGUCAAGGAAGGAACAGGAGACAGUAGAUAUAUUGCGUUAUGCAAUUAUCUUUAAUAUAAUGUGCUUUGAAUAAUGUAUUGUCUACUUGGGCUAGCUCCAGGGGCUGUGCGUGGUCAUGAGGAGAAGCUCAUUUCCAUUCAUAUUACCCCGUGAGCUGAACCCCAGGAGGCCUGUUAACACCCCAAGCUCUUCUCAAAGCACCAGAGGACACUGGGGGGGGGGGGGGGGGGGGGGGCAGGAAUAUAUAUGAGCGAGACUGACAGGUGUACUGCACACAUCACCUGGGUCUGGCCAUCACUGAUGAGCCCGAGUGGCAGCACAUUUCACUGACCUUUGUGGAAUGAAUUAUGUGAGGUACGGUACGGACUCAGUAAGAAUAUGUUUGAGGACCGGCUGGAAUAGUUUCUGGCCUUAUAGUGAAAGAGGUAGCCUAUACUGUUAUGGGUCUAAGGCAGGUAAAAGGAAUAUAGAAAUGAAAGUCAAGCUAAUCUCUGCAGAUUUGCAGGUUGCUAGGCACACCGCAGCAGAGUCAGUGCCUCGGUGUGUGCAGGGAGAGAGUUAUAGAGAAUGUAUCACAGAGCACAGAGAUGCGUCUAGUUUUUUCCUCUAUCGUCAACAUGUUUUAUCAUCGCCAUGGUCUCGUGUGUCAUGUGCUUCAUGUGUUUCAUGUGUUCAUGUCAUUUGUGUAGCUGCCUUCAUGUUUCAUGUCCUAUUUUAACUGAAGUUAAUCUCUGUGCCACAGUUAACAACACAUGGCAACUUGUUCAAGUUUUUUUUUUUAGGUUUUUAUAGGUGGCUGAAAUGUAGUUGAAUUGUAACAGAUCUAGAGCAAGAUACUGCUGGUCAAAAAGGAGGUUGUUGUUUUGUUGGAGGUAUAGGACAUGCGUGUCCUUGCCUGGGAAGCUGGAUGCGUGGUAUGGAGAGGCCAAGAAGAAUAAAAAUAGAACCAAAUCCCCA